UGUGUGUGUCACCCACCCGUGUCCAAGCAUCCACUGGGGGGAGGAGAGCCUCUGUGUCCAUACAGCUAAAGGGCGAAUAAAUAAAGAAAAUAGCGUAAGAAAGAAGAACGGGGAUCCUAGCUGUCUCCUCCUCCUCGGCUCCUUACACUGCGCACACCUUUUGCGCAUUCGAUGCACAUUUUUCUUUCGCCGCAGAAUCAAGGAGUAAAAAAAAAAAAAAACACCGAUUAUUUUUUUGUUUAUAAUUGAUGAUUUAUUUCCCCUCCUCUUUUUGAUGACGCCGGAAGAGGAAUCGUCUACAAGUGCCAUCGGAACGUGAUAUCGGAGCUACUACCUAUGGAGUGUUAAGCGAAACGGUUAUUUUGUUUCGCACAUUUGGGGGCUUAAUAUAAGCUGCGGGGCUUCCAUCGCCGGUGGGCUGUUACGUAACCGAGUGGUUUUUUUUAGCUGUCCGAGGUGCUGAAAAGCGGGCCAGCCGUGAGCCAUUCACGCACGAAGAAGGUCAAAGGCCUGUUUGCUGCAGAGCCACCUGGGCGAUACAGAUUGAUUGUCUCUCCUGCGGUGAAGCAUCCCACAGAGGGUCCAAAUGUCUGGGCAGACGCUAACGGACCGCAUCGCCGCGGCCCAGUACCAGCUAACGGGCUCAGACAUGGCCCGGGCUGUGUGCAAAGCCACCACUCACGAAGUGAUGGCGCCCAAGAAGAAGCACCUGGACUACCUGGUGUCGGCCACCAACACUACCAACGUGAACAUCCCCCAGAUGGCCGACACUCUGUUCGAACGGGCCACCAAUGCCAGCUGGGUGGUGGUCUUCAAGGCCCUUGUCACCACCCACCACAUGUGUGUCCACGGGAAUGAGAGGUUCAUCCAGUACUUGGCCUCCAGAACCUCCCUGUUCAACCUCAGCAACUUCAUCGACAAAACUGGCUCUCAUGGCUACGACAUGUCUACAUUCAUCAGACGGUAUGGACGAUACCUUAAUGAGAAAGCCUUCGCCUACCGCCAGAUGGCAUUUGACUUCACCAGAGUCAAGAAAGGGGCUGAGGGCGUGAUGAGGACCAUGACCACAGAGAAGCUCUUGAAGGGCAUGCCUGUCCUGCAGACUCAGAUCGACACACUCCUGGAGUUUGACGUUCACCCCAAGGAGCUAAACAACGGGAUCAUCAAUGGUGCUUUCAUGCUCCUCUUCAAGGAUCUGGUCAAACUCUUUGCUUCCUACAACGAUGGCAUCAUCAACCUAUUAGAGAAAUACUUCAAGAUGAAAAAAAGUGACUGUAAGGAGGCGUUGGAGAUCUACAAAAGGUUCCUGACCCGAGUGACAAAGAUUGGCGAAUUCAUGAAGCUGGCGGAGACAGUUGGUGUUGAGAAAAAUGACAUUCCUGACAUCAACUACGCUCCCAGCAGUAUCCUGGAGUCCCUGGAAACACACAUGAAUGGCUUGGAGGAUGUAAAAGGCGGCAAAAAGGGGUCUCCAACGAAGGGGUCUCCCACUAACAAUGUGUCUCCAACUUCCACUCCGGCCAAAUCCUCAAAUGCCGUCCCCACACUGCAGCCUCCGCCUGGGGAGGCCGCUGCUGCUGCUGCUCCGGCUGCACCCGAGCCAGCGGAAGAUUCCUUGUUGGACCUGGAUCCUCUCUCCUCCUCUGGUCCACCGGCAACAUCGGCCGCCCCCACAUCCUGGGGAGACCUUCUCGGCUCGGAAAUGGGCGACUCCUUGCUCGCCGAGCCCACCCUCGCAGCGGAGGCCGCCCAGUCACCUUCGGCAACGUCUCCCACCCCUGCGGCACCAGAGGCCGGAGUCCCCGUAGCUCCUCCCACUAGCACAGCGGCCACCUCUUCCCCUGGCGCCACCAAUAUGGAUCUGUUAGGAGACGCCUUUGCCACACCCGCUGCCACCACGGAGACCCCUGCUGCAGCAACGGACGGCGGAACUGCUGCCACUGCAACAUCCACUACCACUGGAGCUGAGUCCACCGGAGGAGGAGAGCCCCCUGCACCUGCCGCCCCCGGGGCGGAACUCAUGUCAGCAUUUGAUGGGCUAGGAGAUGUAAUGAAGCCCACCUUGACCCCCCAAGCGGGCGAUGUUGACACCUCCAUGGCUAACAUGGCAAGUAAUCUCACAAUGGGAACCCCAGCGGCCCCUCAGGUAGCUCCUCCCAGUUGGGGUGCCCCCAUGCCUGGGGCACCGAGUGUCGGCGCUCCCAUGAUGCCUAGUAUGGUUAGGCCGGGCUUCCCUUCCACCGGUGCCACCCCGGGCAGCCCGAUGUCUCCUGGAAUAGCCCAGAGCCCCAGAAAGCCUCCUCCACCCAGGAACGCUCUGGAUGACCUCAACAUCAAGGACUUCAUGUAGGCCCGACAAAGACCUUCAAGGUUGGAUUGUUGUGUCUGGAGCUCUGUGGAUGUCUGCACUUCCCCACUGCCCCCCACCUUAACCAUCAGCCCAACGAUCCUCGCCCACCUCUAGAGGCUGCAACCCCUCAAAAACUCCCCCGCCCUUCAUGAUGUACUGUUGUAGCACAACUGUGAAUGUGAACCAUAGAUACAGAAAAAACUUGUGUGUGUGGGUGUGUGUGUAAAUCAGUGUUAAUCUUUACUUAAUAUAUACUAUGAGGGGGAGGGGAAAAAUGUGUAUUUAGAUUCCUUCUGGACUUCUGCAUACAAGCUGACUUGGAAUGGAUUUUUUGCGCAUUUGGGGGACAAGGACUGUGUUGUUAAUUAAAUGUGGACUGUGUUUCAAUGUGUGUACCUUCACUGGCCAACAAUAAUACCCCCUACUCUUUUAUCGUCUAACUUUCUUGUCCCAACUAAUACUGAGCUAUCCUCGUCGUCCCAACUAACACUGAGCGAUGUUUGUGUCAUGGUUGUACCUCCAGUAUGUCCGCUUAGCCCUCCAUGCUCCUAAUUGGUAACAAAAAUACAUGCAAAUACGACUUUAUCUACUGUGUUCUUUCUUUUUCUUAGAACUCAAAUUGACAUAUGCAUUCGAGACUAUUUUUAAGACAUAGUCUACAUAUUUUAUUUAUUUUGUUGAUGAAAAAAUACCAUAUAUUUUAGUUACAUAUUGAGGGAGAAGCAUGACUUUUGAAAAUAAAAAAAACUAUCAGUCUGGUACAGUCAGUACAGUAUUGAACAAAAACAUUGUGGUGUGGCGCCCUCUGCUGGUGUGGAUGCAUGGAGACAGGUCCGGCCUUCCUUCGUUUUUGGUCUCCAAACAGGUUUUUUGAGACAUACUUGCAUCGAUGCAUGCAAUUGGACGCCGUGCGGUACAUUUGUUGACUGGGAAGACUCACUGUAAAGCCCUCAAGUAUACAUACGCUGGAUGUUCUUCUGUGUUGUUUAUUUCCCAAAAAAGUGACUGCAUCGUAAUCUCAUUGUGGCAUUUAACGUGUUGAAAAGGAAAAUAAAGACGACAAUGACAUUUACAUACAAAAAGAAUGUGGAUAAAUGUUUGCUCAGUAUUUUCUGUGACAGCUGUGUAGUUUUUCUGAGAAUGGCCACCCCACUUCCUUCCUUCCUCCCUCCCUGUUCAACUUGCAUGUGAGUCUCCCAUAUGAGAUGCAAUAAAAUACAAAUACACUGACACAAA